GUUAAGUUUAAGGAGUGGAAAAGAGUGCCAGUGGGACAUGUUUUUGUUAUAUACUCUUCUCUUCUCUCUCACUGACUGCUGCUACUGCUACUUGUUACAAAAGAGCGGGCUUCUCAAAAAACAGCUAUUGUUUCUGAACCCUCAAGACUUUGUUUGUUCUUUCCCUAUCUCUCUGAAACUCAAAAAACAGAGAAGCAAGAUUGAUUGGUUGAUUGGAGGCAAAACACACAAUCUAUGAAACUGUGUAUUAGUUUGGCAUCCUUAGGGUCUGUUACUGUAAAAUGUAAAUGAUGAGCGUGCUUGGGAAUUGAUAUCUUCAUUAAUUGGAAUCAUAUCACUAUAGGCAUGGAUAUUCAAGAAGAUAGCUCCAUGUUUGGGUCUUCGACAGCCAUGACCAAAAGGAAUGCGUCUUCAUCAUCUUCAACUUUUUUUUCAGCAAAUCAGUCACCAUUCUUUUCUCCAAGAUCACCAGCACUUCAUUUACUAGAGUCAACCAGACCUGAUGCUUCAAGUAAUAGAAUCCAAUCAAAUUUGGCUCUCCCAAGCACCAGUUCAGGGAUUCCAGUACCGCAGUCUCUAGUAAACAUUAGAAGUAGCUUCGCAAAUGCAUCUGCAUCUUCCUCAAUUGACAUCUCUAGCAGCAGCAUAUCCGGUCACCGCCACCGACAUUAUGAUGAUUAUUCUGGACAAAAAGAGAAGCAAAUGAAAACAGAAAGAAAUCAAAGAACAUCAUCAACCACAGGUUCCACAUCACUUUCUUCUUAUAGACUGAGGAAUUGUGAUGUUUUCAUAGGAUUCCAUGGUGGGAAGACUCCUUUACUUCGAUUUGUUAACUGGCUCCGCGCUGAGUUAGAAAUUCAAGGAAUCAGUUGCUUUGUAUCGGACAGGGCUCGAUGUAGGAAGUCUCGCAAACUUGGCAUGGUGGAGAGAGCCAUGGAUGCUGCUUCUUUUGGGAUAGUAAUCAUUACAAGGAAGUCUUUCAAGAACCCGUACACCAUUGAGGAGCUGCAGUUUUUUUCUAGCAAGAAGAAUUUGGUCCCUAUAUACUUUGAUUUGAGUCCAGCUGAUUGUCUUGUGAGGGAUAUAAUUGAAAAGAGGGGCGAGGUGUGGGAAAAACAUGGAGGGGAACUUUGGCUCUCAUAUGAAGGGAUAGAACAGGAGUGGAAAGAUGCAGUGCAUGGACUCUCUCGGAUUGAUGAAUGGAAGUUGGAAGCAAAGGAUGGAAACUGGAGAGAUUGCAUACUGAGGGCUGUCACAUUAUUAGCAACGAGGUCAGGUAAAAGAAGCGUUGCGGAGCGUUUAACAAAAUGGAGAGAGAAGGUAGAAAAAGAGGAGUUUCCUUUCACCAGAAAUGAGAAUUUUAUUGGCAGAAAGAAAGAGCUUUCGCAGUUGGAAUUUAUGUUGUUUGGUGAUGUCACAAGAGAUGCAGAGCAAGACUAUAUUGAACUUAAGGCCAGGCCCAAACAAAAGGAUUUAAUAAUUGGUUCGGGCAAGGGUAUUCUGAUAGAUGAAAGAUGGAGAGGAAGACAUAUGGGAAAUGGCAGCAAGAAGGAAAAAGAAUCAGUUGUGUGGAAGGAGUUGGAGAAAGAGAUUGAAAUGCAAGGCAUUGAGUUUUCUCAUAGGCACUACCACAAAAGGCUAAAACGUGGAAAGUAUACCAAGAAGAAAAGAGGAAUGAAGAUUUUGUAUGGGAAAGGGAUUGCUUGUGUUUCAGGGGAUUCAGGAAUUGGAAAAACUGAACUUAUUCUUGAAUUUGCUUAUAGAUUUCAUCAGAGAUAUAAGAUGGUUUUGUGGAUAGGAGGGGAGAGAAGAUACAUAAGGCAAAACUAUCUUAAUAUCAGGUCCUUUUUAGAAGUUGACGUGGGAGUUGAGAAUACUUUGGAGAAAACUAAGAUACGAAGCUUUGAAGAGCAGGAAGCUGCGGCUAUUUCCAGAGUUCGAAAAGAACUAAUGAGGAACGUUCCAUAUCUUGUGGUCAUUGAUAACUUGGAAAGUGAAAAUGAUUGGUGGGAUCGCAAAUUUGUGAUGGAUCUUCUCCCUCGGUUUGGUGGAGAGACCCAUGUAAUUAUAUCAACACGCCUUCCUUCCGUCAUGAAUUUGGAACCUUUGAAACUUUCAUACUUAUCUGGAGUGGAAGCAAUGUCUUUGAUGGUAGGAAGUGGCAAGGACUAUCCUGUUGCAGAGAUUGAUGCUUUGAGAACUAUUGAGGAGAAAGUUGGAAGAUUAACUUUGGGCCUUGCAAUUGUCAAUUCAAUUUUGUCUGAAUUACCCAUAACCCCAACCAGGCUCCUAGAUACCAUAAAUAGAAUGCCUUUGAAGGACAUAUCAUGGAGUGGUAAAGAAGCUCACAUGUUAAGGAAGAACACUUUCCUUCUGCAACUUUUUGAUGUUUGUUUCUCCAUAUUUGAUCAUGCAGAUGGCCCGAGGAGCUUGGCCACCAGAAUGGUGCUGGCAAGUGGAUGGUUUGCACCUGGUGCAAUUCCUGUUUCCUUGUUAUCACUUGCUGCUCAUAAGAUACCAGAAAAAUGUCACAAAACCUAUUUCUGGAGAAGAACAGUGCAAUUAUUAGCAUGCGGGUUCACGUCUUCAUACAUCCAAAAAUCAGAAUUGGAAGCGUCUUCUUUGCUGCUAAGGUUUAAUAUGGCAAGAAGCAGCAUGAAGGAAGGCUAUAUCCAUUUCAAUGAGCUCAUCAAACUAUAUGCUCAGAAAAGAGAAGGUUCUGUAGCUGCACAAGCAAUGACUCAAGCUAUAAUCAGUCACGGGUCAAUAUCUGAAAAUAUGGAGCAUUUCUGGGCUGCAUGUUUUCUGUUAUGUGGAUUUGGCCAUGACCCUGUUGUUGUUGAGCUCAAGGUGUCUGAGCUUUUAUACCUUGUCAAGAAAGUUGUUCUGCCCCUUGCAAUUCACACAUUCAUUACUUUUUCUCGAUGCACGGCUGCGCUUGAGCUUCUACGCUUGUGCACCAAUGCCUUGGAAGCUGCGGAUCAAGCAUUCGUUACCCCGGUUGAUAAGUGGUUCGACAAAACACUUUGCUGGAGGUCCAUCAAGACUAAUGCCGAGUUGAAUCCUUGCCUUUGGCAAGAGUUAGCUCUGUGUAGAGCCACUGUUCUUGAGACUAGGGCCAAGCUAAUGCUAAGAGGUGCUCAAUUUGACAUAGGGGAUGAUCUGAUCAGGAAGGCUCUUUUCAUCAGGACUUCAAUUUGUGGUGAAGAUCAUCCAGAUACCAUAUCUGCUCGCGAAACAUUAAGCAAAAUCACCAGGCUUAAUGGAAAUGUCCAAAGUCAUACUUAGAUUUUGAAUCUUGUUAGGAAAGUAGAAUUAUACAAAUAGAUUUCUAAUAAAACUUUUGCAGUCUGUUUCACAGGUCUUUUUACAGUAUUUUUUAAAGUCUAAUACAAGAUGGCUUCUAUUCUUAUAAAUUUCCGUCUCGGGUAAUCUAUUACAUUUAUGCCACCAUGGUAUUGGGAUUUUAGUCAUUUUAUAUUAGCAUGAGCGCACAAAUGUUCUAGUUCUUUACCCUGUAGACAAAUAAUGAUGGUGGAUUAUGGCGGGAUAUCGGACAUGGCGGAG